UCUUCAAUUGGAUAGUAUCGUUCUUGUUCAAUACUGCUAGUACUAAUUAAUAGUAAAGUAUUAUUUAAUUAAAAUUACUAUUCAAUAAUAAUAUUAAUAUCUUGGAAUACUUAUAAAGAUAAUAUAAUGGUGCAAUACAAAUUAUCUUACUUCGAUGUAAUGGGUUUGGGCGAGCCAAUAAGAUUCUUGCUAAGCUACGGUGGUGCCGAAUUUGAAGAUGUUCGUAUUGGUCGCGACGAAUGGUUGAAAUAUAAACCAGAUACUCCAUUCGGUCAGAUGCCAAUUCUAGAAUUUGACGGUAAAGUUUAUUCGCAAACGUUACCAAUUUGUCAAUACUUAGCGAAAAAAUAUAAUUUAAAUGGUAAAACAGACUUGGACGAUCUACAGAUCAACGCUAUUGCUAAUGCGCUUCAUGAUCUCAGAAAACAGGUAGCCCUUUUCUAUAGAAGUAAUGAUCCCGUUGAAAAAGCCAAAAAAAAGGAAGAAGUUCUUUCUACAACCGUACCAUUUUAUUUUAAAAAAUUAGAAGAAUUGGCUCGUUCUAAUGGCGGUUAUUUACAUGGCGGUCAGCUGAGUUACGCCGAUUUAUUCUUCGUGGCUAUUUUGGAUUCAAUUAACAAUGCUUGCGAGUUUGAUGCUACCAAGGAUUAUUCUAAUCUAAAAUCUCUCAAAGAGAAGGUACUUGCAAUUCCAAAAAUAAAAGAAUGGAUUAACAAAAGACCUAAAAAUGACUUUUAAAUAUUUUCAUAAUUUUGAAUUUAUUGUUAUCAAGCAAGCUUUAUUAUCAUUUUUACGACAUAUUG